UUUACUCUGCUUCUAUUGCCCACCUGUUCAGACAUUCCUGGUGGCCUAGCCCCUGCCCUGCCCACCUGAUCCACCCUCUUUCUGCCAACAGUCGUCUGGGCAGGGUUUUAUGGUUCUGAUAAAGCCUUGCAAGGGCAAAGUUCAGAAAUACUUCCUCCCUGUCUGGGCCGUGGGAGGGUCAGCAUCCCUGCUAGGAUGGGAGACAAGGGUGUGCCCUAGAGGUCUCCACCAGAGAGACCUCAUGUACUCUCUUCCCUGCCAGCCACUCCCUCUAGUAUAAGGGCCACCUGCAGCCAGCCACCACUUCCCACACAUCUCUUCUCUCCAGGCAAGCUAUCAGCCCAGACUCUCAAGAUGGCCUAUGUCCCAGCACCGGGCUACCAGCCCACCUACAAUCCGACUCUGCCCUACAAGAGACCCAUCCCAGGUGGCCUCAGUGUCGGGAUGUCAGUUUACAUCCAAGGAACGGCCAAAGAGGACAUGAGACGGUUCCACGUGAACUUCGCUGUGGGGCAGGAUGAUGGGGCAGAUGUUGCUUUCCACUUCAAUCCCCGCUUUGAUGGCUGGGACAAGGUGGUCUUCAACACGAUGCAAAGCGGGCAAUGGGGCAAGGAAGAGAAGAAAAAGAGCAUGCCUUUCCAGAAGGGCAAGCACUUCGAGCUGGUGUUCAUGGUCAUGCCUGAGCACUACAAGGUCGUGGUGAACGGAAGCUCCUUCUAUGAAUAUGGGCACCGGUUACCUGUACAGAUGGUUACCCAUCUGCAAGUGGAUGGGGACCUAGAACUUCAGUCCAUCAACUUCCUCGGAGGCCAACCUGCUGCAGCCCCAUAUCCGGGAGCCAUGACUAUUCCAGCUUACCCUGCUGGGAGUCCUGGGUACAACCCUCCACAGAUGAACACCUUGCCUGUCAUGACAGGACCCCCAGUCUUCAAUCCGCGUGUGCCAUAUGUGGGGGCUCUGCAGGGGGGCCUUACAGUCCGAAGAACCAUCAUAAUCAAGGGAUAUGUACUUCCUACAGCCAGAAACUUUGUCAUCAACUUCAAGGUGGGAUCGUCUGGAGACAUAGCUUUUCACAUAAACCCUCGCAUAGGUGACAGUGUGGUUCGCAACAGCUUUAUGAAUGGCUCUUGGGGCGCUGAAGAGAGGAAGGUGGCCUACAACCCAUUUGGCCCUGGGCAGUUCUUUGAUCCACUCCCUCUAGUAUAA